GGGAGGAAGGGAGCGCGGGGGAGGCGGAAGCGCGCUUUCCGUGUCUGGUUAGUGGACUGACAGCCAGCUGUGUGGCUACAACGACAACAACAACCUCCUGGAUUUCUUGCACACAACUAGAUUAGUGGUGGUUCGCGAGUGAUUAUAUUCGUUUACUAUAGCUAGGUUUUUGGGUGAACUCUCGCCGGCGCUCAGCUACAAUCGAUAUCAUCGGCGGUUUCUGUGCUAACUAGCUAGAAGAGCGUUCCUCCAACAUGAAUCCGUUGUGUAGCAGAUGUAAUCUAGUCGUUUACCCCACGGAAAAAGUGAAUUGUCUGGACAAGUACUGGCAUAAAGGAUGCUUCAGCUGCGAGGUCUGCAAAAUGACUCUAAACAUGAAGAAUUACAAAGGCUUUGAGAAGAGACCAUACUGCAAUGCACACUACCCCAAGACAAACUUCACCUGUGUGGCUGACACUCCAGAGAACCUCCGCCUCAAACAGCAGAGCAAGAUGCAGAGCCAGGUUCUCUACAGGGAGGACUUUGAGAAGAAUAAAGGGAAAGGCUUCAGCGUGGUCGCAGACACACCAGAGCUGCAGAGAAUUAAGAAAACGCAGGACCAAAUCAGCAAUAUUAAGUACCAUGAGGAGUUUGAGAAGAGGAAGAUGGGAGGAGAUGCUCCUCAAAAGCCGAGCAGCCCCAACCCAGCAGCCUUCCAGCCCUCUGGAGGAUCUCAGAACUACCACUUUGAGCCUGCUCCUGAACCCGUGCGCCAGGCAGCUGCCGGGCCGCCCCCAAGUGCAGGGAAGCGGUACAGGGCAGUGUAUGACUACGCCGCCGCCGACGAGGACGAGGUGUCCUUCAUGGACGGAGACGUGAUCGUAGACGUGCAACAGAUCGACGAGGGUUGGAUGUACGGCCGCGUGGAGCGCACCGGGCAGCAGGGCAUGCUGCCGGCCAACUACGUGGAGGCCAUCUGAGUGAGAGGGAAAGAAAGGGGGGAGGAGGUAGAGAAAGGGAGGGAAAGACAGAAAGAAAGUCCAGCGCCAUCUCAUCUCACCUCCAGCCACUUUCUCUUGAUUUUGCUCUUGUUCCCUAAUCUGUCCUGUGAGACCCUGACACCCCCCCUGCAUUCUUGCUCUGCACUCACUGUCUGUCCUUCUCCUUCUGUCAGUCUGUCUGUGCCGAUGUUUGGAUGUUCAUCAUCCACUUUAUCUUCCCCCGAUCCCCCCCCCCCACUCUCUGUUCUGUCACCAGUGGAAAUUGAAAGUCUUAAAAGAUAAAACUCGCAGUGGAUCGCAGUAUGUCGGGGGUCAGCCCAUGUCACAGCUCCAUCUUUGCUAUAGCACUUAACAAUCCUGACACGACAUCUUGCAAAAAAUAAAGAAGAAAAAAAAAGUGUAUAACAAAUUCACCAGAUUCAUCCAGACAUCAUUGUGUGAGUGCGUCUGCAUUUACAUCAUCCUGUUGUUCUUUCUUUAAUCUUGCAUCAUGUUUCUGUCCAAACUGGAAACGCGGUUCAAUCGUGAAUAUUCCUGACUUGCGUACAUUCCUUUAACCUUUAUCUCUGCUGCACCAGUCAGCCACCUACCAGACUUGACAAAGAGGUUUUUAUGAUAUUUAAAUAUAGACACGCACCUCGACCCUUGAGCUCCCUGUUUAGUUGUAACUGGAACCGUAGCCUAACUGAAGAGCUCCUCCUGCCGCUGCCUUUGUCCGGCGCGUUGGAUACAGGAGGGAUCAGGGACCAGUUAGUGGAGAAUAUCAAUGCAUCGCCUGCAGCCUCACUAAAUACAUCAGCUCCUUUGGUGGGGAUACGCAGUUUACACGCACUUCUUUGUAGCCUGAAUGCCUUCAGUCCUGAGUGAAACACAAACUUAAAGUCUAGAAGCCAGACGUCCUUUUCUCCACAUCACUCUCUAGAAAAAGAGCGUUGAAAGGCCAAGCACAAACAGGACAGGGAAUAGUUUAUUUUAAAAUUAAUUUCACUGAUUUUGUUGGAACAUUUGAGUCUUUUUUCCCCCAUUUAAUGAUUAAGAAUUUGUUGGCUUUGCUAAAUGUUGUCGUUUUGCUCACGCUGUAUUUCAUCUGCCUUUUCUUGGUAUUGUAAGAUGCUUUCUUUUUUAAUGUCGGUGUAUUAAAUAAAUAAACCAGCAGCUUCAUUUAUCAACCAAGGAGGAAACAUGUAUGCAGCCUUGUGUAGUGGCAGUUUUUGAAAAGGUGUGAUGUAGAUGACUUAAACCUGCAGUUUCAGGUCAGAGUGGUGGCAGCUCAUGUGAAGAUUCAUCAGGCUUAUUGCUGACACAUGGAUCUCUCCUAUGCUGAUUCUACAGCUUCUAAUCAAGAGUAAUGGCAUUUAAAUGGAAGUGAAAUAAAGUUUUAUUGUAUGCUUUGGUCAUUAAACGAUCUCUAAAGGCCUUUUGGUGCAUCUUGUAGUUAAAUGCCAAAAUUAUUUUUGAUAUUUGACUUAUGAGCCAACAUUGUUUUUGGUUUUGUUGAGGUCAGUAAAGUGUAAAGAAAGUUGGAUCUCGGAUGUGAACUGAAGCGUUUAUGUUGCUGGUUGGUACACAGAAAAGCAGCGUAUCAUGAAAGAUCAUUAGUCACUGUCCCUCGGUGGUGUAAAUAAUCCCAUUGGCCCCUGACCACACACCUCUUCCCUUAUUGUCUUGCCGUGUUGUUCCUGUGUGAAUUACUGUGACGGUCACAGACAUGAGCGAUCAAGACGGUGCAUUUUUAAAUGGGGGCCUGACAUGUUUUCAGCUUUAUUAAAAAAUAGAAAAAAAAACGAACAGGGCUCCGAGUAUGUAGCUAGAUGCCAUUGUACAAUUGUAUAUGUAUCAUAAUGGUCAGUUAGGGAACAUUUUUCAGGUCAUGGUGCUCUGGGAAGUCGCUUGCCUGCAGGUUAAAGUUCGAAAGUGAUACGAUUUUAAAAGACGACACGUGGGAAAAAUCUAGUUGGUUGAACUCCGCAACAAGUUGUGAGUGUUGGAAGAAUGACGUGUGAUUUAGAAGGAGACACCUCGAAUUGGUUACAUGCUGCCAAACAACACAAACACUGUACAAGAUGUUUGCCUGUGUUUUACAUCAGCCUCUGCUUGUAUUUGCAAAGCAGAUGUUGGAGCAGGAAGCUGUUUCUCAUGGGUAAACCGGCGAGUUUGUGGUUUGGCUUGGAGUGAAAUGAUGAUGGUGGCUGCUUGCUCAGUUUUAAUGGAUUGCUGGUGGCCUCUGUUACGGCGCAAACGCGCGAUGUUGUCGUUUGGGAUGAAAAGCGGGCUGCAGAUGCCCGGCGUGGCCUCGCUGCGGCUCAGGAGGAAUCCGUCAGAUUUGAGCAUGCGAUGAAGCGUGCGCGUGAGCUGGUGGUGACCCAGGCGUCACUCAGGAGUCGAACCUCUUUGCUCUCCUGCUCUGGCGUGGCUCAUCUACUGAACUGUAACAUAUCAUGACCCCGUUUCCAUUGGGUUUCUGUCUUGUAACCUGUCCACCCGUCUGCUGAGAUCCCUCUGUCCUCCGGCCUCCAUCGUAGGCUCCCGCGCUUCUGACGAAUCAUCCCCUGCUUCUAUGAUACUGGUUGUAUACUGUAGACUUUGCAGAGUGAAAUCAUGUAAUCCACAAUUGCAGGUUUAGCAUUCAGACCAGUUUUGUGCAUUCCAUCUUAAAUAGUUUUGUUUUUGAUAUAAUUUUGUUAUUUUUUAAAUGAAAAAAUAAAGAUAUCAUAUGCAUAUUGACAUACACAUGUAUUCAAAGCUCACUCUGAAUACAUAAUCAUAAUUAAGGACCUGAUAUCAUCUCCUGUUGCCCUGUUACAGCACUUCAAAUUGUACAUGGUUCUGCAGAUACAAUAAAAUGUCAUUUUUCUCAGA